AUGACGGAUAAUCCAGAUAAUUCUUUAGAAGUGGGAGCGUGGGGACGGGUAGUUCGAGGGAAAUUUCGCCGUACUAAAGUUGCGGUUAAAGAAAUUCACCAGGUACUUCUGAGUGACGAGAACAGUUAUAUCAGGGAGUCUUUUGAGGUAGAAGUUGGAAUCGCUUCAAGAUGUCGCCACCCCUGUUUACUUCAGUUUAUUGGAGCAUCAAUUGAUGCAGAGGGUCUUCUAUUAAUCACAGAGCUUAUGGACCGUAGUCUACGAUCGCUUUACGAAGAGCAGCCACUUCUCAAGAGAGAAGUCUGCAUUAUUUCGUUAGAUGUUGUACAAGCUCUUAACUACCUACACAAGAGUUUGCCCCAUCCCAUUAUUCACCGCGACAUCAGCAGUGCGAAUGUGCUGUUGUGGCGACAAAAUGACCAAUGGAGAGCCAAGGUAUCAGAUUAUGGGAAUGCUAACUAUGUUCGUCAGAGUCGAAAAGACGGUCCUGGAUCUGCGGUUUACAGCGCACCGGAGGCCACGGAUGAUUCAACUAAACAAAAUAUUAGCUGUAAG